CGCGGCCCCUCAGGGGAGGCGAGCGGACCUCGCCGUCCUGCGCCCUCCCGCCCCCUCCCGCCAGCCGCGGACUGCCACGCCGGCUGACGUGCCACAAACUUUGCUGCGCCCAUUCCGAGCGGCGCCUGAAUCCCGCGGCGGCGGCACCGGGUGACAUAGUUACCCCCGGCCGGGCGCCGCGGGACCGACCCCCCGCACUGCCCACCACUCUCCUCCCCUCCCUCCGCCGGCGGCCGCGGAGCGCUGAGGCGGCGGAGCCGCAGUGCCGCGCGUCGCUGUGAGGGGAGGCAGCCGCGGCGCGUCCGGGCGCCUCCGCCGUGGGACACCAUGAGCCAGGCUCAGCCCUACGCCCCGCGGAAGAGCGGCUCCCCGGCGGCCGGCACCCGGCGCAACGACAGCCAGGACUACCUGCUGCUGGACGCGGAGCCGAGCGAGGAGAACGCCCUGCCACCCUACGCCUUCUACCCUGUCCGAGGCAAUGAGAGUCGACUAGCACUGCGCCGACAGACCAUUCUACGGGAGAAGGGGAGGAGGCAGGCCAGUCGAGGGCCAGCCUAUAUGUUUAAUGACCACUCCACAAGCCUUUCUCUCGAGGAGGAGCGCUUUCUGGAUGCAGCAGAAUAUGGAAAUAUUCCGGUGAUUCGCAAAAUGCUGGAAGAAUGUCCCUCCCUCAAUGUCAACUGUGUGGACUAUAUGGGGCAGAACGCCUUGCAGCUGGCGGUUGCCAACGAGCACUUGGAGAUCACGGAACUUCUGCUGAAGAAGGAGAACCUGUCUCGGGUUGGGGAUGCCUUGCUCUUGGCUAUUAGCAAAGGAUACGUUCGGAUCGUGGAAGCCAUCCUAAACCAUCCCGCGUUUGCGGAAGGCAAGAGGCUUGCGCUGAGCCCUAGCCAGUCAGAGCUCCAGCACGAUGACUUCUAUGCAUACGAUGAAGAUGGCACACGGUUCUCCCAUGAUGUUACACCGAUCAUUCUGGCCGCUCACUGCCAUGAGUAUGAGAUCGUCCACACUCUGCUGAGAAAAGGAGCUCGGAUUGAUAGGCCACAUGACUAUUUCUGCAAAUGCAGUGAAUGCAAUCAGAAACAAAAGCAUGACUCUUUCAGCCAUUCUAGAUCCAGAAUCAAUGCCUACAAAGGUCUGGCCAGCCCUGCUUAUCUAUCAUUGUCCAGUGAAGACCCUGUAAUGACUGCCUUAGAGCUCAGCAAUGAGCUGGCAGUGCUUGCCAACAUUGAAAAAGAGUUUAAGAAUGAUUACAAGAAAUUGUCUAUGCAAUGCAAGGAUUUUGUGGUUGGACUCCUUGAUCUGUGCAGAAAUACAGAAGAAGUGGAAGCUAUUCUGAAUGGUGAUGUAGAGAUGAGCCAUAAUAAUGGAGAACACGGUCGCCCCAGCCUUAGUCGCUUAAAACUUGCCAUUAAAUAUGAAGUUAAAAAAUUUGUAGCACAUCCAAACUGCCAGCAACAACUUCUCUCAAUCUGGUAUGAGAAUUUGUCAGGUUUACGGCAGCAGACAAUGGCAGUGAAGUUUCUGGUUGUUCUUGCUGUUGCAGUAGGACUGCCUUUCCUUUCAAUGGCUUACUGGAUUGCUCCUUGCAGUAAGCUGGGGAGGAUAAUGCGUGGACCAUUUAUGAAGUUUGUAGCCCAUGCAGCAUCUUUCACCAUUUUCCUUGGUCUACUUGUCAUGAAUGCAGCUGACAGAUUUGAUGGCACCAAACUCCGACCAAAUGAAACAACAGGCAAUGUAAAACAGUUAUUCAGGAUGAAAACGUCGUGCUUCUCAUGGAUGGAGAUGCUCAUUAUUUCUUGGGUAAUAGGCAUGAUAUGGUCUGAAUGUAAAGAAAUUUGGUCUCAAGGUCCAAAGGAAUACCUUUUUGAGUUAUGGAAUAUGCUUGAUUUUGGUAUGUUAGCAAUUUUUGCAGCGUCAUUCAUAGCAAGGUUUAUGGCAUUUUGGCAUGCAUCCAGAGCCCAGAACUUUGUUGAUGCAAAUAUGAAAGACCUGACAAGUCCAACACUGGAGCCCAGCAUAAAAUACUACACCUUAGCCAGAAUCAACUGGGAUCCGUCUGAUCCUCAGAUCAUAUCUGAAGGCCUGUAUGCAAUUGCGGUAGUAUUAAGUUUCUCCAGAAUAGCCUACAUCUUACCAGCUAAUGAAAGCUUUGGACCACUGCAGAUAUCACUUGGCAGAACUGUGAAAGACAUCUUCAAGUUCAUGGUGAUAUUUAUCAUGGUGUUUGUGGCUUUCAUGAUAGGCAUGUUUAAUCUGUAUUCCUAUUAUCUGGGAGCAAAACAAAAUGAAGCUUUCACAACUGUUGAAGAAAGUUUCAAGACAUUGUUCUGGGCAAUAUUUGGACUCUCAGAAGUUAAAUCAGUUGUCAUCAAUUAUAAACACAAAUUUAUUGAAAAUAUCGGUUAUGUCCUUUAUGGAGUCUAUAAUGUCACGAUGGUCAUUGUCUUACUGAACAUGCUUAUUGCAAUGAUCAACAGUUCAUUCCAAGAAAUUGAGGAUGAUGCAGAUGUAGAAUGGAAAUUUGCAAGGGCUAAACUUUGGUUUUCUUACUUUGAAGAAGGAAGGACUCUCCCAGUACCCUUCAACUUAGUUCCAAGCCCCAAAUCUUUGCUCUAUCUCCUUCUGAGAAUAAAAAAAUGUAUUUCUAAACCAUUUGUGUGCCAAAAGAAAAGCUUUCAGGAAGAUGCAGAGAUGAACAAGCUUGGUCAAAGGAAGCAAUCAAGUAUAAGAAGUUCAGAUGAAAUCCACUUAAACAGUUUAAACAAUCCUCCAAGGCAAUACCAGAAAAUAAUGAAGCGUCUCAUUAAGAGAUAUGUACUGAAAGCUCAGAUAGAUAAGGAAAGUGAUGAAGUCAAUGAAGGUGAACUAAAGGAAAUUAAACAGGACAUCUCAAGUCUCCGGUAUGAACUCCUUGAGGAAAAAUCUCAAAAUUCUGAAGAUCUGGCAGAACUUAUAAGGAAACUUGGGGAAAAACUGUCAAUUGACUCUAAGGAAGAAGAAAGCAAGAGAUAACCUAAAUGUUUAAGAAAUGCAACAGAACAUUAGCAAUUCACUUAAAGCCAUACGUCUGUUUUUCUCAAGCCUUGCUCACAUUUCUGCAGCAGAUUCAGAAAUUAAAUCAUUCCAAUUCUUAUUGAAAAACACUGUGGUAAAUCCUCUGGCUCUAUGAUAGGGAGGAGAUACUACUAUAUACGUGUUUAUUCUUUACCUGCUGAAGAAGAGUUAAUGUGAUAUAAUUUUAAUAUUCAAUUUACAUCUUCUAGAAUUUCAUUGGAGUCUUGGUAUGCCCAGUUGUGAAAGAUUGAAAGUAUAAAUUGAAACUUUUCCUACAUUAACUGAUGAUUUUUGCAAAUUUCCUUUUGUAGACAUUCUUACAUUUAUUUUAGUGAAGCAAAAGAGGAAAAUUCCAGGCUUUACAUAUUUAUAUCAAAAGCUAUUCAAUUUUUCAAGUAUUCCCAAUUAGCAAAAAAAAAAAGUGACCACCUUUCUUAAAGAUAUGCAGGAUAUUAGAGUUAUUUAUUUAAAUGCUUCCUCAAAGAAGCUGAUAUCAGAAUACUCAGUGCACUGUGUUACACUGUUCUCUACUUACCCCUGUCACCACCAGACUAUCCUGAAAGAUCACAAGGUUCCAACAGCAUUUAGGGCAGAAAUAUUUUUUCAGAAAAGAAAGAAAUAGUUUUCACCAAGUUUAUUGAGAAGCUGUUGCUGAGGCCUGAAGAAAUCUUCUUUAAUCCAAAAUUAUUAAUCCCUGGAGCCCUAAUCUGUUCCAGAGCUCCCAGAAAUUUCAGAAUCCCAUGCACCAGCACAGGCUGGGGAUUGACCUGCUGGAGAGCAGCUCUGCAGAGAGAGACCUAAGAGUUCUGGUUGAUAACAAACUAAAUAUGAGCCAGCAAUGUGCCCUCGUGGCCAAGAAGGCCAAUGGCAUCCUGGGAUGCAUCAAGAAGAGUGUGGCCAGCACAUUGAGGAAGGUUCUACUCUCCCUCUACUCUGCCCUGGUGAGGCCUCAUCUGGAGUCCUGUGUACAGUUCUGGGCUCCUCAGCUCAAGAGGGACAGAGAACUUCUGGAGAGAGUCCAGCGCAGGGCCACCAAGAUGAUCAGGGGAAUGGAACAUCUUUCAUAUGAGGAAAGGCUGCAGGAACUGGGGCUGUUUAGUCUGGAGAAGAGGAGACUGAGGGGAGAUCUUAUUAACAUUUAUAAAUAUCUAAAGGGUGGAUGUCAGGAGGUUGGGACAUCCCUCUUUUCUAGAGUAGAUAGUAACAGGACAAGGAGUAAUGGGAUGAAGCUGGAACACAAAAAGUUCUACUUAAAUAUAAGAAAAAACUAUUUCACUGUUCAGGUGAGGGAUCCCUGGCACAGGCUGCCCAGAGGGGUUGUGGAGUCUCCUUCCUUGGAGGUCUUCAAGACCCACCUGGUCAUCUUCCUAUGCGACCUGAUCUAGGUGACCCUGCUUCUGCCGGGGGGUUGGACUAGAUGAUCUCUAAAGGUCCCUUCCAACCCCUACCAUUCUAUGAUUCUAUGAUUUGCCAGCUUUUAUAUCUAGAGCUAAAACUCCCAAACUACGGUGUGAGGGAUUGAAUUUAAAGCUCGUAACACAUUUGUUUAAGGUAGAAGAUACCAAAAUAUUAAGUGCAAACCCUCUCUCUGAAUUCUGGGAACGUCAUGCAUUGGGGACUGUGUUUCCCCACAGUUAAACUUGUUUAAAUUAAUAAAUUUUGUCCAGAUCUAUCCAUAGCAAACAAAACCACAUUGUUCCAAAGAUGCAUGAAAUCUCAUCUUCUGUGGGUUUGCAUGGCUUAUCUUUUUUUCUGCUGGAGAAAGCCCAGGUAUCGUGCUGUAUUCUCUGGAAUUCCUUCAAUGAAGAAUCUUCACUCCAUGUCAUUAACAGAAGCCUCCAACACGUCCACCCUGCCGACUGCAACACUUCUUCCAUGUCUCCUGCUAAACUGAAGAGGAGGUAGCCCAUGCCACGUCUGGCUGGUAGUUGUGUGACUGGUCAGAUAAUAGCAGGAUAAAUCAGCUGGUUUCUGUCUGUCCAGAAAGAUACAGGCUAAAUUCCAUCUGUUUUUUUUUUCCUCAGUUAACAGUAAUUUAUGUUUCUUUCUUCUGACAGUCACCAAUUCUGUGGCUGUUAAAAGCAUAUAUUAUGUUGAGGAUCUCUGCUCCUCUUUCAGCUUGGUUGAAAUUAGUGAAAGGGCUGUGAAAAAUUGUGACAGGAGCAUCAAGAUGUAUAAUGCACUUGUAAAAGCCUUGUAUGUUUAGGCAACAAGGCUGAAAAUGGCUUGUCAGUAGUUGCUUUUAAAUUACCUUUGUGAAACUUAUUGUAGAAUGUAUCAGAAUGUUUCUGCCUCUUUCCCUUAGGCUGGAGGUUAUUUUUUAGUGGGUAUAGAUUAGUUUCUAGCUGAAAUUACUGAUAGUCCUUUUUUUAAAAAAAAAUGGUGAAAUCACUGUGUAUUUUCAGGGAGUUUGGAGUGGAAUAGAGAAAGUUUUGAACUCACAUGGAAACAGGUGGAGGGAGGGUGCUGUGUUCUGCCUGGUGAGCAAUGGAAGCUACUGUUGACUUGCCCUAAGGGUAUUUGUCAUGGUUUGGGGGAACUUCUGAACCCUGUGCUUGGCUCAUCAGUUUAGACACAAAUGGAGCAUGUGAGACAAUCUGUGUCCCGUGGGCCUCAGUGGUAAUGAACUCAGGGUUUAAAAACUUUUAAGGCUUUAAGGCUUCUUCCUCUGAGGGAGAAGAAAGAAAGUGAGAUUUUUCAAAGGUAGUAGAGCACUUUGUGUGAAAAAAACACGUGUGCUAACCUAAAAACCUAUAGGCUACAGAACAGCCAAUUUCAUAACUCGCCUUUGUAAAAAAGCUUUACCUCAUGACCUGUGGUAUUUCCUGCAGUAAGCAACAGAGGGUGCUGUGGACCCUGCAAUAGCCUGAACGGCUGGUCUUUGGCAGAAAUGCUCUGGUCUCUCUGCUAGCCAUUGUGUAGAAAAUGAAGGCAGUUUGGGUGAUCCUGGUCUGGAAGGCCACAUGAUACAAAUUUCACUGCCUUUUGACUCCUGAGUGUUUGUUACCCAUCUCCCUUGGCCAGGACCGGCCACUGAUUUUGAGUUCCUGCUUCAGUAUUAUGUGCCUGGUUUUCUGAAGCAGUGAGAACUUACUGCAGAAUGAGGCCACACUGUUCAACACAGAAUCUUCCACCUUUGACAAGCUCUUCAGAAAAUUUGUUGGUCAUAAUUUGUGGUAACAGGGACAGUCAAAGUUUGCUUUCAGUAAUCAAAAGUCUUUAUCUUUGGUCAUUGUAAUGUACAAUUUGGAUCUGCGGGAUCAUGCUAAAUGAUCGUAAACCCUUCGAUCUCUGUAAACCCGGUGUAAGGAAGUAGAGGAACACAGAUUAAGAUCCAGGCACUUUUAAAGUAAAGAUUUUUAUUACUGAGCUAAAAUGGACACUGUGAAUUUCUUUAAGCCCAAAUUUUGACUUACUUUAAAACUCUAAGGUCGUAAUGUAUAUAUUGUAUUUCAUGAAGAAAAUACAGAUGGAUUUUUUUAAUUCGAUGAAGAUAUUUUCUAUGUAGUUAUUACUCAUUGAACAGUUUGUUAAAUAUAUUUGAAGAGGUCUAUUGCCAAAUGUAGUGUGACAAGCAAUGUAGUAUUUAAAAUGAGCACAAUACCAAAUAUAUUAUUCUGAUAAAAAAAAAUUAAAUGUAUCAGACUCAAAAUACCUUUGUGAUGCAUUGUAUGAACGUGUUGGUCCUUUGCUGGGAACCUUUAGCUGCUCUUACUUGGAAGACAGCAGCAAGACAAAUAUGAUAAAAUAAUUUGCUAGCAACACUAGUAGAAAAAAUAAUUCAGAGAAGGAACAAAGGUCUUUUCAUACUUUGUUGGACUCAAGAUCAGUAAUUUUGUCUGCUGUGACUGUGUCUGAUGAUAGGUGUUUCAGAACAUCUGUAGUAGGUAACAGAUAAUUUACAUCCUACUGAAUCAUGCCUAGCUAUUGGGAAAAACCUUGCACAUCAUGGGCUAUAGCAGCUAUUAGAGAGUAAUACUGCAGUACAAGCUUAAGGUACUCAAGAUUUACAGUAACAAGUCCUGAGUAAGGUAUUCCAUGUGAAAAUCUGCUGUGUUUCAUCCUGUUUUAGUGCAUUGCCAGGACAAACCAAUUAAUUCUGCUGGUUUUUAAAAGUGAAGUCUGUAGGUUUAUCUGAUUUUAGAUACCAGCCAUGAUGAUUUCCGUGUCUGAGCUCAUGUAGACUUCCUUUAUAUUCAGUUGAUAGAAGUGGUGAAAGGCAUGAUUUUGGUUCAUCUUAAAGCAGACAAGUAUCCCAGGUGAGUCACGCAGUAGAAUUGGCCAUUUCUCUCGUUACUCUAAAGGAGCCACUGUAGCUAUGAGCAAUGUUUAUAAUGAACUGUGAGAAGUCCCAGAAAUGAGCAAUGCAGUUCACUACCAAGAACCAUCGUGAAUGCUCACCUGCUUGGAAGUGCUUGAACAGUGACACCAGUCACUGAGAGGGGCAGGAUCCAACCUUCUUCUUCCAGAAGAAUCCAGUCUAUCCCCCAAGGAUAAUGGAUGAGACAACAUCACAUUUUUCCCUUGUUCAUUAGUACAACUGUGGCUAGACAUAAAUGAAAAUACCCAUUAACUGCAUCUGCCCCACAAGUGGAAAAAAAACCUGUGACUUACUGUGCACAUGGCAACUGACUUCUUGAUAAAACAGGAGCUUUAUGAUAAAAAGGAAUUAAUAUCCUAUGUUUUACUACAUUGUGGUGAGAAUAUAAUUUCAAUAUUAUGUCUUUAAAGCUUACAGUAUACAGUUUGAUCUUGGCAGUACUUCAGCUAUAGCAGCUGUAUCGUGUGAUUUACUGAGAACACGUUCUCACUAUUGCAGUGUCCCAAAAUGCAGUUUAGUCCAAUGAAAUCUUGCAUUUGCCUCUUAGGGGUUUCCCUCAAGCUUGAAAUUUUUAUCUGAAUGUUAUAAUUAAUACAUUAUAGACCACAUAAUGUGCCACUGUGCUAAUUUGCAGAACAGCAGAAAUUGUCUUCAUGUUGAAAAUGGCUUAUUUUUAUGUGAAUAUUUAACACCUUUUAAAAUCCCCUAGAAAAUGCCCGGUGCAGAUAGUAAUUCUAAGCACUUCUGUUCCUGCUUAAAUUUUAACUUGGCCUGUGAAAAAUUUAACUCAUAAAUUAAAAAGUUUGUGUUUAGAAAAAUACUUGUACUUCAGGGAGUUCAUAUCAAAGAGUUUAGAUGAGGCUGAGUUGUGUGUCUUAAACUUCAUGCUUAGAAGGCCGGGGAAUCCCAUAAGAUGCACUGCUUUUUGCUGAAUAUUUCACUUGUUCUCUUGCUUCCAUUGUUGCAAACCCCAGUUCUCCUGUUCCUCUUUCUGUUCUUGUUACCAUUCUUAAUGUGACAGUACAGUGGGGAUCACAAGGUACAGUCUUUCAGUGCUUUCUUUAUCCACGCAACUCUGUAUUGGUAGUAUCUGGUUUUAGUUUAACGUUUUCAGUAUUCCGUGAUUCAGUUCCUUGACCUUUACUCUUUGCUCCUGUUACUGAUGGACCUCCAAUCAAAGUGACUGAAAAAGAUCAGAUUGUAUAGUAUGCAAAGUACAGUUUAACAGAUAAAUCAUAUUGAUAUGAAUAGUAUCAUUCUUAUGCACUUUUGUGUAUGAACACUUGUAUAUCACUUUGAUAUUUCAUUAUGCUUUAUAAACAAGAAGGAGUAUAUUCUGGUAGGUUUGCACAAUCUGUCAAAGCAUAAAUAAAAUGACAAGUGCAAAAAUGUUUUGAUUGUAGGUGAAACCUGAUGACUCCCAGCUAGUAAAUGGAUUUCUAUGAAUAAAUCUAUUUUCCCACAGCUUUUGU